UCAGUACUCUCCAAUCCACCAUCGUACGUCCACAAAUAAAAUGGCGCGAAAACCUGGCGCGAUCAUUUGGAAACGACCACGAUUGGCGCCUCUUUUUCUCUAUACACCGACUUGAAUCCCUCAAUUUGUUUUCCCACAAUUCCACUGCGUCUGCCUUCUCCUUGUCUUCAAAUAUUCAGAAUGGCCCGAGCAGAUGAGCGAAGCAACGGCGCCGGCCAUGAAGUUGAAGAGCCGUCUCCGAAGUUCCAGAAGCUUCAUCAGAAUGGCAUUCAUGAAGCCUCGCAAAACCCGAUUCCACUCUUUAGGGUUAAAAAACUCUCUGAGAAGGCUGUGUUGCCUUCACGAGCCUCCCCUCUCUCUGCCGGCUAUGAUCUCUCGAGUGCGACUGAGACUAAAGUACCAGCCAGGGGAAAAGCCCUAAUCCCUACUGAUCUUAGCAUUGCUAUACCGGAAGAAACUUACGCUCGUAUUGCACCAAGGUCGGGACUAGCUUGGAAGCACUCGAUUGAUGUCGGGGCGGGUGUGAUUGAUGCUGAUUACAGAGGGCCAGUUGGAGUGAUCUUGUUCAACCACUCUGAUGUUGAUUUUGAGGUGAAAGUGGGUGAUCGGAUUGCCCAACUGAUUAUUGAGAUGAUCAUGACUCCUCAGGUUGUGGAAGUGGAAGAUCUCGAUGCAACUGUGAGAGGAGACGGGGCUUUUGGAUCUACUGGUGCGUAAUUCUAGUUAGGAACUGUCAAUGACCUAAAAUAUGUUUAUGUUUCUUUGCUUGUUGAUUAGCUCAGUAACUCUGUCGAAUAUUUGGUAUUCUUUGUACCACAAGGCAGAGUACUUGAAAUGCAGCUUAUAGAGACACUAACAAAUCAGCAAACAA